CUAUUGUCGCUACGAUUGGAUCAAUUGAGUGACAAACAAACGGAGGAAACAAAUGAAUCCCAAGAAGUGAGACAAACUCGUGGCCAAAAUAAGAGACAAAGAUCUCAAGAAGUAGUGAAACAAAAGAGAGUUUACAAGAAAUCACAAAAACCACGAAAAGUAGUGAAACGAGAAGACAAUGAUUUGACGGAAGAAGAGGUCACUAAUGAAGACUCGGAUGAGAUUGAGUGCAAAGUCUGUGGCAAUCGGUGUCUCACAACCGGAGGACUGAAACAUCACAUGAAAAUACAUGACUCGCAGAAGAGUGCGGAUGUGUUUCGACAACAGUGUCGGGAGCUUAAGGACAGGUGCUAUGACUCGACCACUAAUACCUAUAUCUGUGACCAAACGGGUUGUAUGAAGACAUUUAAUAAUCUAAUUGAGUUUAGAGAACAUCUGAUUAGUGUCCACACGAGUCGUGAUGUUGUCUGCGAUUAUCCCGAGUGUAACAAACGGUUCAAAACGAGACAAUUAAUGAAAUCGCAUUGCAAUAGAAGUCAUACAAUGGAUGAGAGUCUGUGGAUGAAGACAUCGACCGCAGAGACAGUCGUGAAGAGUAUUAAACGCUGUAAAAGACGUAAACCAUUGAAACGAAAGCCGAAACAACUGUCUGUGAACUCAAACUCAAAGCCAUUUGAAUGCAAAGUGUGUGACAAACGGUGUUUAACGGCCGCAGCGCUGGACUCUCAUAUGCGAAGACACGACACGUGGAGGUUUGAAAGGGAUCGACAACAGCGUCAGGAGCUUAAGGACAGGUGCUAUGACUCGACCACUAAUACGUGGAUUUGUGACCAAAUCGGUUGCCAAAAGACAUUCAAUGCUUACCAUCAGAUAAGAGUGCAUUUGUUUAAUUUCCACAAGAGUCGGGACAUUGUCUGCGAAUAUCCCGAUUGCGGCAAAAAGUUCAAACUUUUGUCAACAAUGCGAAGGCAUUACCGCAUUAUCCACACCGACGACAAACCCAUAAAGUGUCCGCACGAAGAGUGCGGACAACGGUUUAUAGAUAAACACUAUUUGAAGUCACAUUUGGUUACCCACGAAACUGAACGCCGAUUUGUCUGCGAUUUCAUUGGCUGUCAAAAGUCUUAUACGAGUCAAAGCACUUUUGAGACUCACAAACGGAUCCAUUUGAGUGAACCGACCAUUAAGUGCACUGUCGAGGGAUGCGCUCAAAAGUUUUAUACACGCAAUGAGGUGCACAAACACCGGGCGAGUGUCCACUCUAUGCCCCUAAAGCGCUGGGCGCCUGUACUGAUGCCGUGUCUUUGGCCGGGCUGUGACUUUAGGGGUACUAAUAAUCAACUAAAGCGACACGAAAGGACACAUACGGGUGAAAAGCCGUAUGUCUGCGAUUGGCCCGAAUGUGGCAAACGGUUCGCCCGACCCGACCAUUUGAGAGAUCACAACAAUGUCCACAACAAUGUCAAACCUUAUGCCUGUCAUUGGCCCGGAUGUCAGUACCGGUGCAGAAAACGUCUUCAGCUCCAGCACAUCCAGAGGAAUACCAAUAAGACAACCACUUUUUCUAUACUUACCAUUAGUUCACAAUACAAAUCGCUGUCCGUUACUCUGCCCGACUCCGGGACGGAGUCGGGCCACACUUUAUCCAUUCCUUGUCGUCAUUCUUUGCCCGACUUCGCCCACACGGCGCUCAGUCCGACCUCGCCUCGGCUCGUAGGUCUUGGCCAUACAUAUCUCUAUACUCGUGCACCCAUUCAUUCAACAGUCCGACUUCGCAUCCGAUCUAAGUCAAGUCACCCGUAUCUAUACUCUUACUCAGCCGAGAGUCGCCCACUCAUACACUCGUUACCCACCGUAUCAUCUCGUCGGCAAACCACUCGUACAUACAGUCCAUUAUCCGACUUCGUUCACUCUUCGUCACAACCUCUCAACGCAUCCCACAAUCCGACGGUAGACCUCGUCGUUCCAAGACUUUGGUCAUUAACUACCGUCCGACGGGUCGUUAGGGUUCCCGAAGCUCACGCGAACCCGACUUCCUAUAGACUAUUGUCGCUACGAUUGGAUCAAUUGAGUGACAAACAAACGGAUCAUACAAUAGGACCACAAGAACUGAGACAAACUCGAGGCCAGAAAAAUACAAAGACAUCACAAGUGGUAAAACAAACUGAUAGUGAUUUCGUUCAUAAAGUGGUGACUAAUGAAGACUCGGAUGAGAAGAAGACAUCGACGACAGACACAGACCUCAAGAGUAUUAAAGACAAGACAUGUUAUAAACGACGAAAAAAGGGGACAAAACGAGUGAAUCCAAAGCCAAAGCCAAAGAUAUAUCGUUGCGAUUACGAGGGCUGUGCCUAUCGGUGUCGAGAGGCCGUCCGUCUGACGGCUCACCGCAAAACCCAUAACAACACUGCACUCGAAGCGCAUCGACUCCAACGCCUAGACCUUCACCGCCGGUGCUAUGAUUUGGUCACCAAUUCAUACAUUUGCGACGAAACCGAUUGCCAGAAGUCAUUCAAAACCUAUUACUACUUGCGAUAUCACAAGACUAGUGUCCACACGAGUGCCACCGUUCUGUGCGCUCAUCCCGAGUGCGGCAAACUGUUCAAAACGGAGGACCGAAUGCGCGCUCACCUGAAACUGGUCCACAGCGGCGACGACAAGAGGCGGCUGUUGUGUCCGCACGAGGGCUGCGGCCGACGCUUUCUAUACAAUUGCCAUUUGGACGAACACGUGGCCAGUCAUGCGACCGAACGGGCGUUUGUGUGCGAUUACGACGGCUGUGGUAAGAGUCAUAAGACAGAAAAGGUGCUGAAGAAUCACCGCCGCGUUCAUCUACCGGUGCCCACAUUCAAGUACACUGUCGACGGCUGUCCGGCGCCGGCGUUUUGGACGGGAAAGGAUUUGUGGCGACACCGCAAAGCGGACCAUCAGAUUUGGCCCAAGAAGUACGAGCGGCCGCCGCUGCCCAAAACGGUGUCGUGUCAGUGGCCGGGCUGUGACUAUACGGCCAACAGUAACAACAAGAUUACGGCACACCAGCGGACACAUACCGGUGAGCGGCCGUAUGACUGCGAUUGGCCCGAAUGUGGUAAACGUUUUCCCACUCCGAAGGCGCUUAAGGACCACAAGAAUAUCCACAAUAAUGUGAAGCCAUACGCCUGUCAUUGGCCCGGAUGUCAGUACCGCAGCUGUAAUAGCGGUAAUCUGCAUAAACAUGUUAAACAAGUGCAUCAAAAG